AUGUCAGCCACGAUUACCGAAAAGACUAUCUCUGUCCCGACCCUUCAAAUUCGAGAGCUUAAGAACGGCUUCGGUGUUGAGGUUCGAGGGCUUGACCUUAAAGAUGGUGCCUCUGAUGAGACUUACCGCCUUCUUCAAGACCUCUUGACGAAGUAUGGUGUGAUCGUCUUACGCCAGACAAACUUGACCGACUCGGCCCACAUCGCCUUGGGCCGUAAAUUCGGCGAACUAGACGAUGUGAGGCCCUACAAUAAGGCCGGCCGUAGGAAUCGUCUUGAUUAUGACGAACUCUUCGAUGUCGGCAACAUCGAAGCGGACAACACCCUUGUCUCUCCGACUAGCCCACGCGCGCAGGCAAACAAAGGCAACAGCUACUUCCACGUUGACAGUAGCUUCAACCCACGCCGAGCAGGCUACUCCUUGCUACUGGCUCACGAGUUACCUCCCACUGGCACAGGCGGUGCGACAGAAUUCUGCGAUACGAGGGCGGCUUGGGAUGACCUUCCUCGUAAUGUACAGAGUGAGUUAUUGGCUAAAGACCUAGUUGCUUGCCACUCGAUUCUGCAUUCAAAGAAGCUAGCUGCCCCUGAGCACUUUGCGGGUAUAGAACCUGCUGAUCAUCCUAUGGGUCGUCAUAAGCUUGUGCAGCGUCAUGAAGUAUCUGGACGUACGAAUUUGUAUCUGGCGAUGCACAUCCACCACAUUGAGGGUUUGAAGCCAGAGAAGAGCGAGGAACUAUUCAAUAUGCUAUUCGAGCAUGCUACCCAGGAGAAGUAUAGAGUGACUGUGGACUGGCAUGAUGUCGGCGAUCUAGUCAUCUGGGAUAACACUUGCACUAUGCACCGUGCGAUGGGAGGACCUUUUGCAUACAAAUAUCGCAGGGAUAUGAGAAGAGUCACAGUACACGAUAAUAGUAGCCAAGCAUGGGGUCUGAAUGACAAAUCAGGCGUAAGACAAGGUCUUUCCUAG